AUUUCAAUGGCAAUAUGACGACUAGAUUGUAAAGCAAGAAGGAUGGCAUGUAUGACCACUUAUUCCGUUGUAAGUUCUCUGUGUCAGUCACGGACCUGUUAUUGUGUAAGUAUUGAUAUUAACCACCUCUCUCCAAUAUGAGAUGCUAAUAACAACUGAAUGCGGGAGGUCAGUGUCCCUUAGUAGUUCCCAUGGGUCCUAAAUGUUUAAUGCAGAGUGAAGAAAGACAAAGCACAGUUGCAGACAUAUGACAGGGGGGAAAUUCAGUGAAAUGAGUUACCAUCAAAUAUGGUGGAAUGCUGUGGAGGUAUAUAUAGUGAGAGCAAAUGGCUUAGGCGAACUGGAUGGGGCGGUUUCCCUUCCGAAUCUCGAUGAUUAUACCAAGCAAAAAGCAAAAGACAAUGCAAACAAGGAUGCUCAACUGAGUAAUAGCCCUAAGAGGAAACAAGAAAAAUCUGACUCGCCACCUCCAGUUGUCCAAAAGAAAAACAAGACAAGUGUGUCGAGAAUUUCCCCCAAGGUUCGGCAGUGUGCUGAACAAUGUGAAUAUGAAAGUGAUGAAGCUGGUUCAGAAGGACUGGAGAGCCUUGGAACGGAACUUAAAUUCAAGGAUGUAAAAAGCUUUGAAAAUUUCAGUAUCAUAAUUGAUGGGAUUCCCAUCGAUUCUGAGCUCCCCCAGGAGUUUCGAAAUAAGUAUUACAAACUCUGCCAUAGCCAGCAGGCCUUUCUGCACGAGAAUCUCAUAAAGGGCAUCAAUUAUAACCUCAUUGUCGGCAUUAUAUCUGAAGUUGUCAACAUUGCUGAUGCCUUGAGAUCUAGUUCACUGCAUAUUCCACCCGCUGAAUUUGCUAAAUGGGACAAAGAGUUGCUAGCCUUUGAGUAUCUGGGGAUGAAUGUGGAAUUUUUAAGACACCGGUUAUGCAGGCUUGUCAACUUGGCAUAUGAAGCACAAGAUACCUCCGAGGCUUCAAGGUAUUCGGCGUCCACAACUGAAUUCAGUCGAGCAGAUAACGAAAUAAUGAAUAUUGAAACAAAGCUUGAAGAAUUGAAAGAAGCUUGUGAUGGUUUUGGUGCUUAUAUUGAGAGUUUGAAGUACAAAGACGAACGCUUCCAUCACAAGUUUCACCAAUGAGGUCACUGCUACUUGCUAAACAAGACUAUGUUAAUCUUUGUUAUGUGUUGUGUAGAAAUAUAACGUAUCAUAUGUACUUGGUUUCUUUUUGGGGGUUCGUAAGCAUUAACACCCCGACUUCAUUUCUUAAAAUUGCCGGGACUUUGAUGUCAAAGAUUCCAUCGUCUUCCCCAAUCCUUAUUCCCAUAGCUCUCCGAGAAAUCUUUAUGAAGAACACUUGAUAUUUGUAUUCGAGAGUUGUCUACUUAUUUGCAGACUUAUAACCAACUUGUCAAGUAUAUGACGCUGAAAAUAAGAGAAGCGUUUGUUUGUUUGUUUGUUUGUUUUUUUAAUGUCUGCAUCAAGAUUGAAGACAUCUUCUGCAAA